UCGAGUUUUCCUCAGCCUUUCUUGGAUUUAAGCAGUGAAAAUCGGCUAAAAAUCGAGUGAAAAUGGCUCUGUACGACGAUCUGGACAGCAAACAUGGACCGGAUAAGGUGGCCGGUUGGUCGUCAGGUAUCAAACUGCUCCAAACGCAGCUACAAGUGAAGAAAAAUCAACCGGUCAUUACACCGAAAGCGAUCCUCCGAAAACCGCUCGGGAAUAAGAUACUACCUCCGGUCGUGUUGAAGGCACGGAAAGAAGCUUCCGCCGAACCGACGGCCGGUCAGGUAACGGUGGAAACGUCCGCUAUCGUGAAAGCGAAACCGAUUGUGGUAACCACGGCCAUACCCACCCCGAGCCCGAUCACGGCAGCCGCAUCGGAAGACUACAGCUGGGACGUGGUGGACGAGUAUGAUCCGAUGUGGCCAAACGAGUACGACAAGCUGGUGAAAGAUCGAAAGAAGGAAGCGCCGGUCAAACCGCUGCAGAACAAUUUCGGACGAAAUCGCCGGGAGUACAAGCGGGGCGGAGGAUUCGGUGGACGAAUGAACAACAACAACAACAACAGCAACAGCGGUGCUAAUGCCGUUCCGAGUCACGCCAAUCCUGCACCCGGAGUUGGCGCCGAGGAUGAUGGCCCGGCCGCUAAGAAGUACAGUGGUUUUGCCGGCCGACCAUCAUCGGAUGACGAAGAAGAGUUCCGCCCCGGACAGUCUCGGCCCUCUACUGGGGCAGCCAUUGCUCCUCCGCCGUCUUUGCAAGAAUCCAGCAGCGUUCCGUUACCGGAAGGUGGAUCCAAAGUGUCGCAGUUGGCUGCUUACGGUGGUAGCUCGGUUGCUGCUAAAAUUAUGGCCAAAUAUGGAUUUAAGGAUGGCCAAGGGUUAGGUAAGCAGGAGCAGGGAAUGGCAGUUGCGCUACAGGUGGAGAAAACUUCCAAACGCGGAGGAAGGAUCGUCCACGAAAAGGAUAUUCCGGCGGGCGGAAGCAGUGGUACUGCAGGGAAUGCUGCAACGCCGGGUGCCGGAGGUGAACCGGCCCCAGGGUCUCCACAGCGAUCCGGUACCGCCACAGAACCAUCAAUCACCGAGAUAAUGAAAUCACCCAGUAAAGUGGUGCUGCUAAGGAACAUGGUCGGACCGGGAGAUGUGGAUGAUGAGCUGGAACCGGAGGUAAAGGACGAGUGCAACACAAAGUACGGGGACGUAGUAACGGUGGUGAUACACGAGGUACCGAAUGUCGUACCGGAGGAAUCGGUUCGCAUCUUUGUCGAAUUCAAACGGAUAGAAAGCGCGAUCAAGGCGGUAGUUGAUUUGAAUGGGCGUUUCUUCGGUGGUCGACAAGUGCGUGCCGGGUUCUACAAUCAGGAACGCUUUGAAAACAUGGAUCUCGGUGGCUAAACAACCGUUUGGUCCGUUUGAACUUCUUAUAGAAGAUUCAUGUGCAACCUACUAUCUAUUAUUAUAAUUUUUCACGCGAGAAUCCCCAUGAAUACCCGGGGGUACGUAAUAAAAUAAGCUUUUUCCACCCCAAAAACGCACAUGUGCAGCUGCAAAAGCAUGAAGCAAA